AUAUGUUCUUAAAGGAGAUGGUAAACAUGAACCCAAAACCAUUCUUGUGUUCUGUAUGUGAAAAAUGCUUUCGCUUUCACUCAGUUCUUGUUACACAUCAGAGAUCUCACACGGGAGAGAAUCCUUUCUCAUGUUCUGAAUGUGGAAAAUGUUUAUCCGCUAAAUCACUUCUUGUUCAGCAUCAGAGAACUCACACGAGAGAGAAACCUUUCUCAUGUUCUGAAUGUGGAAAAUGUUUUUCCACUAAAUCACGUCUUGUUCAGCAUCAGAGAACUCACACAGGAGAGAAACCGUUCUCAUGUUCUGAAUGUGGGAAAUGUUUUUUAACUAAAUAUUAUCUUGUUCAGCAUCAGAGAACUCACACGGGAGAGAAACCUUUUUCAUGUUCUGAAUGUGGAAAAUGUUUUUCCAUUAAAUCAAAUCUUGUUCAGCAUCAGAGAACUCACACAGGAGAGAAAUGGUCUCCAUGUUCUGAAUGUGGAAAAUGUUUUUUCACUAAAUCACGUCUUGUUAUGCAUCAAAGAACUCACACAGGAGAGAAACCUUUCUCAUGUUCUGAAUGUGGGAAAUGUUUUUCCACUAAAUCAGAGCUUGUUCUGCAUCAGAGAACUCAUACGGGAGAGAAACCUUUCUCAUGUUCUGAGUGUGGAAAAUGUUUUUACACUAAAUCAUAUCUUGUCCGGCAUCAGAGAACUCACACAGGAGAGAAACCUUUCUCAUGUUCUGAAUGUGGGAAAUGUUUUUCCACUAAAUCAAAGCUUGUUCAGCAUCAGAGAACUCACACGGGAGAGAAAUGGUCUUCAUGUUCUGAAUGUGGAAAAUGUUUUUUCACUAAAUCACGUCUUGUUAAGCAUCAGAGAACUCACACAGGAGAGAAACCUUUCUCAUGUUCUGAAUGUGGAAAAUGUUUUUCCACUAAAUCAAAUCUUGUUCAGCAUCAGAGAACUCAUACAGGAGAGAAACCUUUCUUAUGUUCUGAAUGUGGGAAAUGUUUUUUAACUAAAUAUUAUCUUGUUAAGCAUCAGAGAACUCAUACAGGUGAGAAACUUGUCUCAUGUUCUGAAUGUGGGAAAUGUUUUUCCACUAAAUCAGAGCUUGUUCAGCAUCAGAGAACUCACACGGGAGAGAAACCUUUCUCAUGUUCUGAAUGUGGAAAAUGUUUAUCCACUAAAUCACGUCUUGUUUGGCAUCAGAGAACUCACACAGGAGAGAAACCUUUCUCAUGUUCUGAAUGUGGAAAAUGUUUUUCCACUAAAUCAAAUCUUGUUCAGCAUCAGAGAACUCAUACAGGAGAGAAACCUUUCUUAUGUUCUGAAUGUGGGAAAUGUUUUUUAACUAAAUAUUAUCUUGUUAAGCAUCAGAGAACUCAUACAGGUGAGAAACUUGUCUCAUGUUCUGAAUGUGGGAAAUGUUUUUCCACUAAAUCAGAGCUUGUUCAGCAUCAGAGAACUCACACAGGAGAGAAACCUUUUUCAUGUUCUGAAUGUGGGAAAUGUUUAUCUACUAAAUCACAUCUUGUCCAGCAUCAGAGAAUUCACAUGGGAGAGAAACCGUUCUCAUGUUCUGAAUGUGGGAAAUGUUUUUCCACUAAAUCAUGUCUUGUUAAGCAUCAGAGAUCUCACACCGGAGAGAAACCUUUCUCAUGUUCUGAAUGUGAAAAAUGUUUUUACACUAAAUCAUAUCUUGUCCGGCAUCAGAGAACUCACACAGGAGAGAAACCUUUCUCAUGUUCUGAAUGUGCUAAAUGUUUUUCCACUAAAUCAAAUCUUGUUCAGCAUCAGAGAACUCAUACAGGAGAGAAACCUUUUUCAUGUUCUGAAUGUGGGAAAUGUGUAUCCACUAAAUCAAAGUUUGUUCAGCAUCAGAGAACUCACACAGGAGAGAAACCUUUUUCAUGUUCUGAAUGUGGGAAAUGUGUAUCCACUGAAUCAGAACUUGUUCACCAUCAGAGAACUCACACAGGAGAGAAACCUUUCUCAUGUUUUGAAUGUGGAAAAUGUUUUUACACUAAAUCAUAUCUUGUCCGGCAUCAGAGAACUCACACAGGAGAGAAACCUUUCUCAUGUUCUGAAUGUGGAAAAUGUUUUUACACUAAAUCACAUCUUGUCCGGCAUCAGAGAACUCACACAGGAGUGAAACCUUUCUCAUGUUCUGAAUGUGGAAAAUGUUUUUCCACUAAAUCAAAUCUUGUUCAACAUCAGAGAACUCACACAGGAGAGAAACCUUUCUCAUGUUCUGAAUGUGGAAAAUGUUUUUCCACUAAAUCAAAUCUUGUUCAACAUCAGAGAACUCACACAGGAGAGAAACCUUUCUCAUGUUCUGAAUGUGGGAAAUGUUUUUCCACUAAAUCAGAUCUUGUUCAGCAUCAGAGAACUCACACGGGAGAGAAACGUUUCUCAUGUUCUGAAUGUGGAAAAUGUUUUUCCACUAAAUCACGUCUUGUUCAGCAUCAGAGAACUCACACAGGAGAGAAACCUUUCUCAUGUUCUUGA